UUUUCUUUUCAUUUUAUGUUAUCCCAAUUUACAAAACAACUCUCACCCUCUCACCUCAAACCCCAAACCCUUUAUUCGCUCCUCGCGGCGCUGCCUCCCAGGCUCCACGGCGGCCGGCGUUGGUUGGCUCGGCUCGGCGUCUCCAAAUCGCUACACACUCCUCGCUCUCUGUCCUACUCGCCUCUCAUUCUAUCAAUCUUUGGAUAUGGGGAUAGGGAGAGAGCAGAGUAGCACAUCCGAAGCCGAAAGAGAGGAAAAAAGAAUUGUGAUGCUGGCACUGAGCGAUGAAUGCUUGCCUUCGGAAAGACUACAAGGUGGUACUCAAUUAUAUCACACUCGUGCAGAAUUUCACUCUGUGGAUCUGAAGCACAAUAUAUUAACUCGUUCUUGCUUUCCUUCAAUUAUCAUGGCUAAGUUCUUCUCAUCUGCCAUGGUGUCAUCUUUGAAUAAAUUUAUCUACUUAGUGGGAGUGGGAGGAGCGCGAUUAUCUGUCGUCCAAUCAUCUAAUGAGUCUUCCUCUUCCAACCACACAUUCUACUCCGGCGGUUCAUGUCUUGACAUGUCUGAUGAGGCUCCAGUGUGGUGUCCAGCUCCUGUCUUCGUUGAGGAUCACACUUCUCCCAACUAUGUUAGCUUUCUUGGCAAUAUUUACAACUUUGGAUCUGUUUGCCUUGCGCCCCAGGUUCUUGAAUGUGGUGCCCUUGGCCACUGUAAGUCAAUUCGCUCUCUCCCUAUCCCUCAAAGCCUUGCUGGUUGUAGUGUGUCUGUUCCUGUACUUCCCGACCCUUCCAACAAACGCAUUCUUAUGCGCCUCUAUGGUGGUCCCCUUUCGUCGCCUUCCCUCUAUGCUUUCACUCCCGAUCCUGAUGCUGAUGCUGAUGCUAUUGGGACAUGGGAAUGUCUCACCUCUGAUCUCCAUCUUUGGGCUCAUGCUGCUGCUGUUGUUAAUGGGGUCAUAUAUUUUCACUGCCAUAAAGUUCCAUCUCUUCUUUGUGCUUUUCAUAUAACCAAGAAAAUAUGGUUGAAAGUCUGGUGGGAUUCGUGCUUUAAGGACAGUGUUAAUAUGAAUGUCGAAACAAUUAAAUUCGAUGCAAUGCUUCAUUUGGGCCACAAUAUUUUGUGCUUUGCUUGUUGGACACCAAUAUAUUCCCGGACUGCUGUUUUUACCCUCGAAGUCAUAUUUUACAAGUUCCAAGUGUUGGUCACCGGUGAAACUGUAACCGUCAAGGUCUGUGACUCCUACUCAUAUGAACUUCCGGGAAGUACCAAUGUGUUUCAUUUCCUCCCCAUUUAGCAGGGUAGCUACUGCUGAGGAAGAGUAUGGCAAUAGUGUUGGUCCCGAGGAUGAUUACUUGCUCCUAUUGCUUGCACAUCGUCAGCCAAUUUCGGAUUCCGGAUGUUUUGCCUUUUAGUAUUGUGAUGACUGUUUUGUAGUGUCGUAUUUGGUUUACCAGUUUGUGGAAAUGCUUUAAUUAGCUCUUUUCUGUGAACUGAAUACAAGGAUGCUUGUUUCUGAUUAAAAACCCUGAUUCCAAUGAACAACAAUUUUCUAGUUUAUUCAAAAUAACAUGUCCUUUGGUUACUUGGGUUUCCCAAUUUGCUAUUUCA